GGUGGCUUGGGAAACACUGAAGAUAGUUACGUUUGGGGACGCAGACGAGCGUUUGCGUCAUUUCUUCAACCGGACACACAGGUCGACGUGAGGACACGGCCGGAGUAGUUAUGGUCGGUCAUGGAGAGUAACCAGGAAACCCGUCCCCAAGGGGGGGGUGAUUUCCUUUCAGAAAAAGUAAAUAUUAAAACAGAAGAGGAAGAUGAUGGUCCAGUUCCGCACUGCAAUUUGGAAAGAAUGGACUUCAAAGCUGAGCACGAGGGCGGGAAGGCGGCUGACAGCGGCGACGAGCAGGCGGCGGCCGGGGAAGCAAGCCGCGGCUGCGCGCCCCCCGGGGGGUGCUUCCCCGCCGACCACGAGGAGGACUACGGGGCGCUGUUCUCCCAGUACAGCAGCACCCUGUACGACGUCGCCAUGGAGGCCGUGACGCAGAGCCUGCUGGCCGCCCGCAGCGCGGGCUCCAGGAAGAAGUCCCCGGCCUGGAAGCACUUCGUCAUCUCCCCGCGGGACAGCACCAAGGCCGUGUGCGUGUACUGCAUGAAGGAGUUCAGCCGCGGCAAGAACGAGAAGGACCUGAGCACCAGCUGCCUCAUGCGGCACGUGCGGCGGGCGCACCCCGCAGCGCUCGUCCGGGAGGACGGCGGCGCGUCCGCCCUGGCGCCCCUCCCCAACCCCGCCCCGCCGCCCCCGGCGCAGCCCGCGCACGCCGGGGACCUGGGCGCCGCUCUGCCGCCCGUCCAGCUCGGCCAGAAAACGGCCUCCCAGGCCCCAUCCCCCGACUGGGCAGCCGAGGAGUCCGCAUCCGCCCUGUCUUCCAAAGAGGCGCCCGUCUCCGACCCGCCUGCCUCUGAGAAGUGCCCCAGGGACGAGUCCCACGCGGGGCCGCCGCCCCUGGCGCCCCACUGCGACGACGCUGCAGACAGCGGGCCCGAGAGGAGCCUCCCGCUGCCGAAGGGCACCUCCGGGUCCCGCAGGUGGUCCGCGGUCUGGAAGCACUUCUACCUGUCUCCCCUGGACAGCUCCAAGGCCGUGUGCGUCCACUGCAUGAACGAGUUCAGCCGCGGGAAGAACGGCAAGGACCUGGGCACCAGCUGCCUCAUCCGGCACAUGUGGCGGGCGCACCGGGCCAUCGUGCUGCAGGAGAAGAGCGGGGGCGCGGGCGUGCCGCCCCCAUACUCCACGGCCCCCGCCCUGCUGCCCGCCCUCCCGCCCCCCGAGGGGGAGCCCAGGGCUCUGUCCACGUCCCCGGGGAAGCUCGUCACGGAGCCCUUCCUGCCGGCCUCCUCCCCUGACCCCCUGGCCGAGGACAGGCCGGCGCGGCUGAGCCCUGGGGGCGCCCUGAAGGAAGAUCCAUCCGCGCUGUCGUCCUCCGACGAGGUCGGCGAGGCCGCCUUCGCGUCCUCCCCCGAGAGGCGGCGGGGCGACGGGUCGGGCCCGCCCACGCUCGAGUCCGGGGCCGUGUUCCAGCAGAACAAGCGGGUGAUGAAGAGGCUGAAGUCGGAGGUGUGGCACCACUUUUCGCUGGCCCCCAUGGACAGCCUGAAGGCGGUGUGCCGGCACUGCGGCUGCGUCAUCAGCCGCGGGAAGAAGGGGGACGUGGGCACCAGCUGCCUGAUGCGACAUCUGUACAGGCGCCACCCGGAAGUGGUCGGGAGCCACAAGGGCUUCCUGGGCGACGGUCUGGCCCGCCCCUCCUCCUACGGCACCGUGGCUUGCGCAGAGGGCUCCUCCUCCAGGCUGACCGCCGCUGCGGCGGCGGCGGCGGCCCCGAGAAACAGCGCGGUCCUGGUUCCCGUCCACAGCAAGAAGACCUCCAAGCUGUGGAACCACUUCUCCGUCUGCCCCGCCGACCCCACGAAGGUCGUGUGCCUGCACUGCGGCCGGACCAUAAGCAGGGGCAAGAAGCCGACCAACCUGGGCACCAGCUGUCUCCUGCGGCACCUGCAGCGGUUCCACGGCAGCGUGCUGGCGGCCGACGCGCCCAAGGCCACGCUGCCCCCUGCCUCGGGCGCGCGUGCGCCCCUGCGCACAGAACUGUCGGGAGCCGCGGCCUUUGACGACGCCGACGAGAAGUUCUACGAUUCGCACCCGGUGGCCAAAAAGAUCACGAGUCUCGUGGCUGAGAUGAUCGCGCUUGACCUCCAGCCGUACUCGGUGGUGGACAACGUCGGCUUCAGCAGGCUGCUCGCGUACCUGAAGCCCCAGUACUCCCUGCCCUCCCCCUCCUACUUCUCCAGGACGGCCAUCCCGGGCAUGUACGACAGCGUGAAGCAGAUCAUCGGGGCCCACCUCAAGGAGGCGGAGAGCGGCGUGGUCCACUUCACGGCCGGGGUCUGGACGAGCCACCAGGCCCGGGAGUACCUGACGCUCACCGCCCACUGGGUCACCUUCGCGUCGGCCGCCCGGCCGCAGGCCGAGGACCGCCACUGCUCCGCGCUGCUGGACGUGUCGCCGGUGGAGUGCGACUACAGCGGCAGCAGCGUCCAGAAGCAGCUGGAGUGCUGGUGGGAGGCCUGGGUGACGUCCACGGGCCUGCAGGUGGGCAUCACGGUGACCGACAACCCCGGCAUCGGGAAGACGCUGAACGAGGCGGAGCACUCCAGCGUGCAGUGCUUCAGCCACACGGUGAACCUCAUCGUGGGCGAGGCCGUCAAGAGCCAGCGCAUGGUGCAGAACCUGUUGAGCAUCGCCCGGAAGGUGUGCGAGCGGGUGCUGCGGUCGCACCGGGCGCGCGAGAGGCUGGCGGAGCUGCAGCGGGAGCACGAGCUGCCGCCGCACCACCUGCUGCAGGACGUCCCGUCCAGGUGGGGCACCUCGCUGCGCAUGCUGGAGCGGCUCGUGGAGCAGAAGAGGGCGGUCGACGAGAUGUCCGCCGAGUGCGGGUUCCGGGAGCUGAUCAGCUGCGACCAGUGGGAGGUCAUGCAGUCCGUGUGCCACGCGCUGAAGCCUUUCGACGCCGCAAGCCGGGAGAUGAGCGGCCACAUGUCCACGCUCGGCCAGGUCAUCCCCAUGAUCCACAUCCUGAACAGGAAGGUCGAGAUGCUGUUCGAGGAGACCAUGGGCAUCGACACCAUGCUGAAGUCCCUAAAGGAAGCCAUGGUGAGCCGCCUGUCCGCCACCCUCCACGACCCCCGGUACGUCUUCGCCACCCUGCUGGACCCUCGCUACAAAGCCUCCCUGUUCUCCGAGGAGGAGGCGGAGCAGUACAAGCAGGACUUAAUCAGGGAACUGGAAAUGCUGAAUUCUACCUCAGAGGACGCCCCCGUCUCCAACGGGUGCGACCCGGGCUCCCCACCGAGAGCCUCCGGCGGGGUCGACAGCCUGUGGUCCCUCAUGGCCCAGGUGACACAGAAGGGCCCGCGAGAGAGGGCAAAGGUGCCCGAGGCCAUGGUGCUCGCGUACCUGGAGGAGGAGGUGCUGGAGCACAGCUGCGACCCGCUCGCCUACUGGAGCCUGAAGAGGUCGGCCUGGCCCGGCCUGGCGGCCUUGGCCGUCAGGUUUCUGGGCUGCCCCCCGAGCAUCGUCCCGUCGGAACGGCUCUUCAGCACGCCCACCGAGAGCAGCGGCUUCGGCCAGUCCAGGCUCCUGAUGGAGCAUUUUGAAAAACUCAUCUUCCUAAAAGUGAACCUUCCUCUGAUAUACUUCCAGUAUUGAAGCCGCCGCGGAGCCCCCAGGCUACAGAUGGUGUCGCUCGCGAGGCCCCAGCC